AUGUCGCGUCUAUUACAAAUAGCUCAACUUGGGCAUCCUAUUUUAAGACAAGCUGCGCAAGAAAUUGAAACCAUUCAAGUUCCUGACUUACAAUUAUUAAUUUCCGACAUGUUGGCUACAGUCAUAGAUGCUAAUGGUGUUGGCAUUGCAGCUCCACAAGUUUACCAAUCUAAAAGGUUAUUUAUCAUCUCUUCAAAACCAAACCCGCGGUACCCAUACGCACCGACGAUGGACCCAAUGGUUAUGAUCAACCCAAGCAUUACUUGGAAGUCAACAGAAAUGGAAACAGAUUGGGAAGGCUGCUUAAGCAUACCAGGACUACGUGGUUUAGUACCUCGCCAUCAAAGCAUAGAGGUUCUCUAUUUUACAACUGGAAAUGAACAAGUGACCGCUACAUAUGAAGGUUUCAUUGCCCGCGUAUUUCAACAUGAGUUUGAUCAUCUUGAAGCUGCAACGGAUAAAAGAAGUGCUAACACGCUUGUCUUCACCCAAAAUGGACCACGCCCCUUGACAAACAGUAUCGCUAUUAGGAUUAAAAAUGCUGGUAAUGCUGUAAUCGUAAUGCGAUAA